AUUAACUCAUAAUCAAGCACAUAAACAAAGAUGGCAGAAACAACACCAAUAUUUCCUGUUAAAUCAGAGAUUGAGGAAAUACUAGACGACGUUGAUCAAAGCUUCAUUACCUUCCAGAACUUCGACGUCCACUCUUUCCCUCCCUACGAUCACCACUUCAUCGUCAACCCGCCGCCACCCGAACGCCCGAAAUUCUUCGGCUCAAGAAGACAGAACGAAGAACUCGACUUCAAGAACAGGAUCGAGCGAGAGUGGGACCUACUUAGAGACAACCUACCCAAGACGAUUGCCGUUAGGGUUUACGAAGGUCGAAAACAGUUCAUGAGGGUAGCUAUCAUAGGGUUAACGGGUAGUCCGUACGCGUACGGGUUAUUCUUCUUUGAUAUCUUCUUACCUAAAGAGUAUCCUUCUAAACCUCCCCUUAUUUUCCACCACCAUAGUCAUAAACCUCUAGACUGGAACCCUACCUUGCUCAACAAGAACAAGAACAAGAACUCUAACUACUACUCCAACAAAGGUGGUUCUGGCUCUGGUUCUCAUUACAGGUGGGACCCACAAACGUCGAAUAUACGCCAUAUGUUAGAGUCAAUCCAAGCCAACGAACUAAGAUUCUUAAAGAUUUACGACAAUGUAGGUGAGAAAGACUUCUUGUUAUCCCACCGCAACAUGAUUCGAACCCUUAGGUCGCCUCCCGAGGGGUUCGGGGUUUUCGUACAAGGGUAUUUUCGUAAAUACUCGCAUGCGAUCUUGUUGAACUUUAAACUUAGGAGGGAUUUGAGUGUGUGUCAAAAGAGGACGAAUUUGUUCUUUAUGUUGGUAGAAGCGUUUGAAGGUAACGGGUCGUACUGUAAACAUCUUGUUUACGGUGUCAAAAGAGUCGUAACAUCACAAGAUAAGAUGGUUGUUAAUGGUGAAGCGUCUAUGGGUGAAUUGGCUAGACGUGCAUUGUUGAAGACUAAUAGCUUGAUUACGAAUUGGUUUUGCGAUAAUGAUAGUGAUGGACGUGAUCGUUAUAGGACUAUUCACCAUCAUUAACAGAUUAUACUUCAAAUAUCACGAAUUUACUAUUAGUAGUGUCUCUUAUUUUCUUUUUAAUUAUUGCUUUAACAUCUAUUCAUAUUGUUGUUGGUUUAAUCUUUCCUUUCGGAUUAUCGAUGUAAUUAACUUUAUAACGGGCGGAUUAAUUAAUUUUAAUUCUUUUUUUUUUGACAUAG